GAAAGGUUGUCUCCGAUAGAUUCCUUGCCUAUAAUAUCGCAACAUCGGCCCUCAUUGAAGGCAAGCUGAGAUCACUGCUGUGAACCUCGUUUAUUCAGGAAGCUUUCCCUGUGAAACUCGUCGCAGGUGAUGCUCUCGAUCCAGCAUUACCCUUCGUCGUUCCACCGCCCUCCGGACUUGUCAGCACCGACUUCAAUUAGCCAGCUUCACGGUCACUACUCUGUCAUUAAUGCGUGUGCCCCCAUCCACCCCUUCAGCGAGGAGCAGGUGAAGGAAAAGGGAAACAUCCUUGAUGAUAUCAAUGGUCAAAAGUGUCAUCUCUUCUCCCAAUGGGAGGAAACUUGGAGGGAAUUGCGGUACGGAACAGUCACAGAGAACCUAGAGGCAGAAAAUCGGGAAAAAUAUGGAGAGGUAGAGUUCUUUCGGAAAGCCUUCUCUGUACUCAUCUGGUACGUUAAGAGACUGAGACCUUUUAGCCGUGCGUAUAUCAUAUCCUUGAAGCCGUUUCAGUUGCUUCAUUGCAUGGUUACAGUACUGUGUCGAUACACAGUGAUGCCAAUUCACUUGACCUUAUGUGUUUUGUAAGCGCACAAAUAAUUUUCCGGGACCAAUGCCACGCAGUGUAGUCCCGGACAUGAAUCCCGGC